AUGAACCGGCUGCCAAUGGCCAAGGCCAGAUCUUCGUUCCUCGGAAGCAGCAGCUCCACGCCGCGUGCCAACGACAACGAGGAGGACAUUGGCCUGCUGGCCUCUCACAACCAAGAUGUCGCUCCUGCCGGCGCGGCAAUAACAUCACCCAGGUCGGUGCCGCAAUCCUCAGAGCAGCAGCAACAACAUCAUCAAAACCAACAACAACCCUCAGACUCGAAACCGCUCUCGAGAAGACCACAAUCCCUACAGAACACAGAGCGCCGACCGUCUGCACUACACUCGCCCAGCCUCACGGGCGGCUCGCGCACACCCCGCACGCCCAAUCGAGUACGCUUCGAUCUGCAGCCCAUCGUCGUCGGCGGGGGCGUCGGCGCAGCCAACAAUAAUGGCCGCCGGGCAUCCAAUGGCAACACCCAGGGGGGUCCAGGACAGGGUCUGGGGGGCGAGUACAACCACCCGCUGCUGGCGCUGUCGUCUCCUUCGUCGCGCUCCAGCUUCGACAGCUACGACAGCGAAUUCGACGUCGACUCUGAGCCCGAGAACGCCGAGACGGAGCGCCGUCUGCCGCUGCUCACCAACAUCGAGGCGCCCUCGGUCUCGGUGGCCAACAGCGGAGCGGACUGGGUCGACGGCGGCGCCGAGUGGGCCGAGGACCACAACCGGCCCAAGAGCGGCCUGCGCGCGGCAUUUAUGAACAUGGCCAACAGCAUCAUUGGCGCGGGCAUUAUCGGCCAGCCGUACGCUUUCAAGAACGCGGGCCUGCUGGCCGGCGUGUUCUUGCUCAUCUCGCUGACCGUCGUCGUCGACUGGACCAUCUGCCUCAUCGUGAUCAACAGCAAGCUCUCGGGAGCAAACAGCUUCCAGGGGACGGUGGAGCGUUGCUUCGGCAAGCCCGGCCUCAUCGCCGUCAGCGUGGCCCAGUGGGCUUUUGCGUUUGGCGGCAUGGUGGCCUUUGGUGUCAUUGUGGGCGACAGCAUACCGCAUGUCUUCCUGGCAAUCUGGCCUGAUUUGCGCAACAUACCCGUGCUCGGGUUACUCGCUGACCGCCGUGCCGUCAUUGUGAUUUUUACCCUGGGCAUUAGCUAUCCGUUGACGCUGUAUCGUGACAUUUCCAAGCUCGCUAAAGCUAGCACAUUUGCUCUAGUGAGCAUGCUGGUCAUUGUCUUUACGGUCGUUAUUCAGGGACUUUUAACUCCCAAAGAGCUGAGGGGCUCCUUUGACACGUCACUCCUGACGGUGAAUACGGGUAUAGCCCAAGCCAUUGGCGUAAUAUCUUUCGCCUUUGUCUGUCAUCACAACUCCCUCCUCAUCUACGGAUCCCUCGAGAAGCCGACAAUAGACCGGUUCUCGCGCGUGACGCACUACUCGACGGGUGUGUCGAUGCUGGCCUGCCUCCUCAUGGCGCUCGCGGGGUUCCUGACCUUUGGCGACAAGACGCUGGGCAACGUUCUCAACAACUUCCCGGCCGACAACACCAUGGUGACGAUAGCACGGCUCUGCUUUGGGCUCAACAUGCUCACCACGCUGCCGCUCGAGGCCUUUGUGUGCCGCGAGGUAAUGUUCAACUACUACUUCCCCGGAGAGCCCUUCAACCUGAAUCUGCACCUCAUCUUCAGCUCUGCCCUUGUGGUUAGCGCAAUGGCCCUGAGCCUGAUGACGUGCGACCUGGGCGUCAUCUUUGAGCUCGUCGGGUCCACCAGCGCCUGCGCCAUGGCGUACAUUCUGCCGCCCCUCUGCUACAUCAAGCUGGCGAGCCGGAGCUGGCGGACCUAUUGCGCCUGGGCCGUCGUCGUCUUUGGGUGCUUGGUGUUUGUCGUGAGCCUGUUCCAGUCCUUGGAGAAGAUCAUUACAGGUAAGUCGGCCUCCGUCUCUGGAUGGCGAUAUGCUGCUGACAUCAGACUCUUUGUCUUGCUUUUACCAGGCAACGGAGGGCCGGCCGUCUGCAUGUAG